UAAUCAAACUUCCAAAAGAUCAAAACCCACUUUUGCGCUGUUCUGGGGACUCCCUUCACCCUCACCCUCACCUUUACUUUUCCUUAAUCUUAAUUAGUUUUCUUAAUUCUUUUUAUUAUUCUUAAUUAAUUUAUUAAUCCUCAACUCUUUCCACCAAUAAACUUCUGGAGUACUACUACUCUACUCUUCAAUAAAAUAUUAAUCAUUUCCUUAUUAUUAUAAACAAUACUCCACUAUUAUUCUCUCUUCAUCAUCUUCUUCUUCUUCAACGUUAUUAUUUUUAAUUAAUUAAUUAAUUAAAGUAUUAAUUAUUAACUGCUAGUUUAAUUUGAUAUCCAACCAUUACCUGCUUUGAAUCUUCAACUCCUCUGCAACUUCCCACGAUCUCCACCUUCUCCCUCCCUUUUUUCUCUCUCCUCUUUUCUCUCUCUACAAUUUGUUGAAUUUCAGGAAGAUUUUCUGUUAUAGAUUUUCUUCAGUACAGUUCAACGCACGAUCGUCUGCCAUUUUAUAGGUUUGAUGAUAAUGAUAUAGCAAUUGCAAAUCAUAAUUAUCUGCCACAAUUUGAGCUAAUUUUUGAGUGGUAUGCUAGAGAAAUUGAGGAUUUCGAGGUUUGAAUGGGCUGAUGAAUUGUCAAAAUAUUGAGCAUUUGUGGCGAUUUGAUAAACUGGAGCCUACAUGGGAGGAUUACUGCACCUUUUUGAUUUUCAUCAAGGGUCCUUGGGAAAGAAACAUAAGAAACAAGGGAGCGCCGAUGUUGCAGCGCCUCGCAACAGUAUAGAGAUGGUCGCUGAAACUUGGCGGAACCAUUAUGCUGUUGAAAACUGUGAACAGCAGGAUUUGCCCAAGAGGAGCUACUAUCCCACGGAUGCCUCAAUAAAGAAGUUGAUUAGCAGGGACUUGUCUAAAAAACAAAACAGCAAACAGAAUGCACCAAGUAUUGUUGCAAGGCUGAUGGGGAUGGAUAUAGUGCCAGUGGAUACCAUACCUGAAGAGCAACCAUUUCAGGACACAGAUGACAAGAUCAAAUUCAUUGACAAAAAAAUCCAGAUCAUUGAAAAGGUGUCAUCUGUUCGUACCCCUAAAAAGUCAAAGUCAAAGUCAUCAUCUAUCAAAAAGGAAUACCGGUCAUAUAAAGACACAUAUUUUCGGUACUGGAGCAGUGGCGGCACGAAUUUGGGAAAGCCACGUCCUCGAGUACACCCUCAGGAGAAAGAGCUUCAGAAGUUUAAGAAAGACUUUGAAGCAUGGCAGACAUCCAGAUUUCUUGAAUGUGCAAGGGUUGUUCAACUCGGCAACAUUCCUGAACAGUGGCUUGCUCAGUUGGAUCUUACAAAAGAAAAGAUGUCCAUUUACGAGUCUUCUAGAAAAGAUGCUAUUGAAAAAUCUGGUGAACUUAAAAGGGAUGGGUUAAGAUCACGGUCUCUACAUGUUGCUGAUUUUGAGCGUCUUGGAUAUAAGAAGGAUGUAUUCUUACCUAAGCACAAGGAAUCAUAUUCUUUCAGUGGAAUGGUACCAGGUAGAGACCUUGAUCAGCAGCUCUCUUUAAGGGAUUUUGAUAUAGACUCUGAGAAAUCUUGUGCUCCUUCAAAGAUAGUAGUUUUGAAGCCGGGUCCUGAUAGCUUUAGUACCAAUGAUGAGUCUUGGGUUACUUCUUCUAGCUCAAUGGAUGAUAGAGAUUGUAUAGAAGACCUUCUCGAGGAAGUAAGGGAAAGAUUGAAAUAUGAAAUGCAAGGUAAUGCCUUAAAAAAAGGUCCCAUGGUUAGAGGUGGCGGCAUUGAGACUCCGUUUAAGGAAAAACCAGCCUAUGCAAAACAAUCCUAUCAACCAGUUGCUAAGGAAAAUACCAGUAGAGACCUUGGAAGGAAGUUGUUUAGGUCAGAAUCAGCACGAUUUUAUCAAAGUGAAAAAAGUCUGAUGAGUGAGCUGGCUCCAUCAUCACCCGAUUACAUGAGCAGAGAUACCAGGAACUUUUUGUCAGAGAGGCUGCGGAAUAUUAUAGAUGGAGAAGAAAAACACCAAAAUCGCAAUCUCAAUCUCAUCUCUGAUUUCUCUCCCAGGGAACGCUUGUUUGACGAUGCUAGGGGACGAUUAGAGAAAGCUAGGGAUAUUUUGAAUGCUGAACAAGGGCAGCACUAUUGGCGUGAUGGGAACUACAGAACAGAUACACAAUCUAGGUCCUUCCGGUAUGAGCCAAUUAGUAGUAAUGAUGGGAAUAUUCAAGAACAACCAUCUCCUAGAAAUCUGGUCCGAUCUUUGUCAGCUCCGUUAUCAGGAAUGUCAUUUGGGAAGCUUCUUCUAGAGGACAGAUUUGUUUCACCUGGGACUCACAUUAAAAGGAAACACGAGGCGUUUGAAAAUUUUCCAAUGGAUGUCAAAGACCAAAGGAAAGAAAGGUUUAAUUUGCGAGAGAAGGUUUCCAGUCUUAAGCAUAGCCUCUCUCUCCGGAGGAUGUUGUUUAGCAGAAAGCUCGAGUCCAUGGAUUUCUCUGAGAGAAAUGAAUUUGAUUCAGCAAAAGAUAUAAUGAAUGGACCCACAGUUAUGUCAAGCUUCAAUGACAGGAAUGACAACUCAACUGAGCUUCCGCCUAGUCCUGCAUCCGUAUGCAGUAGUUAUCAUGAAGAAUUUUGGAAGCCAGUAGACAAUCCCAGUCCAGCAUCAAUGUCAGACAUGACUUCUGUAGAAGAUCAAAGUGUAGGCAAUGUUUUCAAAGAGAUCAGCUCCAAUCUUACAGAGUUGCGAAAGAAGUUAAACCAACUUGAUUAUGAAGGAUCAGAAAUCAGUCAAAUCACCACUGUUACAGAGGAAUAUCCUUCAGAACUGGAGGUGAAUGACUUGGAAAACGAAGCAGAAGUCUAUAUCAAGAACCUGCUUGUUACUUCAGGUUUGUAUGAUGGUUCAUGGGUGAAAUCCUUUUCAAGAUGGGAUCCAUACGUGAAGCCCAUGGGCAAUUGGGUCUUUGAAAAAGUGGAAGAAUCAUACCAAAAACCAACCUAUGAAAAUGAAGUCAGGAAUUACGACGAUGACUGUAGUUUGGAGCAUAAAUUAUUGUUUGAUCUAUUGAAUGAGGCACUCACAGUUGUACUUGCCCCCCCAAGAACAUUGUCUAAAUUCAGGAGGAAGAUAACUGAUAUUACCAUAUUGCCCCACCCUCAAGGCAGAAAACUGUUGGAGCAGGUAUGGGAUAUGGUAUGCGAGUAUUUAUACCCCUCGAGUUACACUGACACAUCCUGUUAUUCAUUCGAGGAUUUAGUUGCUCAUGACCUGCAUGUUAUGCCUUGGUCAAGUUUGUUGGAGGAAGAGACAAUUGAUAUCGGUAAAGAGCUGGAAUUUCAAAUUAUAGGGGAUCUUGUGGAAGAACUUUUGAUGGACAUGCAGUUUUAAUUAAGUUUUGAUUUGUGUACAGAUACCACAGUUUUUACUCGUGGGAUAGAGUUGUUUAUAUGGGUGAAUACGGAUUUAUUUUCCGUUGUUGUGAUCGUGUUGGUAUAAGUUUACGAUUGUAGAUGUUCGUGAAUAGGUAGGGGAUAUAACCAAAUGACUGUAAAUUUUGCUUCUCAUGUAUCACUAAUUCUUUUUCCUUUUUUCCCCUUGACAAGUUGAUAUAUUUAUAACAGAAAAUGAUGAUAUUCUGAGUGAGUUUCUGAAUAAAA